GAAGUAGAAGAACAACGCCAGUCAAAGCGGAAGUUGCUACAUUGCAAGAUAGUAUCUGAAACAUUCGUGCUAGAAGCCUUCAAUAAAUAUAUCCUCUUCUCAAUCUCCAAAAUGCAACAGCCACAGGACAACUUUGUUUGGAAGUCGUAAAGGAUCGUUAGCCAAAACGGAAGAGAUAAAGCUAGCUUGCUACCUCUUUUUCCACGUGAAAAAAAAAAAAGGAGGACAAGGACUUGUUAGCUACGUUAGCUUGCUAGCUAGCUGGCUUUUCUACAAGGAAUUUGGUCAUCUAAAGUGUAUGGACUUCCUGCUGUCUUCUUCUACUACAGGUCAUCUAAAGUGUAUGGACUUCCUGCUGUCUUCUUCUACUACAGGUCAUCUAAAGUGUAUGGACUUCCUGCUGUCUUCUUCUACUACAGGUCAUCUAAAGUGUAUGGACUUCCUGCUGUCUUCUUCUACUACAGGUCAUCUAAAGUGUAUGGACUUCCUGCUGUCUUGCCAUUGACUGCAUUGUCAUUGUUCCCACCAGCAGGACAACAUGAGUGGAGAGAAGGAAACGUUGUUGGAAGAAAUCGAACAGAGUUUACACCGUCUAACCGAGGACAAUUUACGAUACCUGUGUGAACGCUGUGGAAUAGAUGGCUCCCAAGUUAAAGGAAAGAACCAUCGCUCGUUACGACGUAAAAUCAUGGAGGAAAUGUGGGAAAAUGCAGAUUCAGUGAAAUCGGAAGAGCAGGGAAUGUCUUGGUUACUCCAACUGAAAGAGGACAUCAGAAAGAUACAGGAAGAAUCUAGUGUGGCACCCAUGAGUCCCAGCCAGUCUGAUGACGAUGCUACAGACUGCGAUGAAGAAUGGGACGUUGAGGACAACGAUGGAGAGGGAGAUUCAGAUUCGAUGUCAUCAAGUAGGAACAAUGGGGACAGCCCUAACGGUCGCUCGCUCAGUGGGAGGGGCUUAUCAUCUGGGAAGACUCCAGGGUUGAAAGUGAUCCAGCGCCCUUAUAGCUGUGACGUAUGUGAGAAAAGUUUCCCUCAUUUAGGAGACCUAAAGAGACACCAGAGAAUACACACAGGAGAGAAACCAUAUGGCUGUAUUCAAUGUGGGAAGAGUUUCCGUCAGCCAGGACAACUGACUAAACACAAGCUAACCCACACUGGAGAGAAAUCUUAUCGCUGUGAUCAAUGUGGGAAGAGUUUUGGCCGAGCCGAUUCCCUGACUGAACACAAGCGAACACACACAGGAGGGAAAUCUUAUGUCUGUGAUCAAUGUGGGAAGAGUUUAACUACCUUAGGAGCGCUGACUAUACACCAGAGAAUACACACAGGAGAGAAACCAUAUGUCUGUGCAAUAUGUGAAAAGAGUUUCCGGCAGUCUGGACAACUGACUAUACACAAGCGAACACACACAGGGGAGAAACCGUAUAACUGUGAUCAAUGUGAGAAGAGUUUUGCUGAAGCUGGUUCCCUGACUGAACACAAACGAACACACACAGGGGAGAAACCAUAUGUCUGUGAGCAAUGUGGGAAGAGUUUCACCACCUUAGGGACACUGACUAUACACCAGAGAAUUCACACAGGAGAGAAACCAUAUGUCUGCGCUAUAUGUGGAAAGAGUUUCCGUCAAACUGUACAACUGACUAGACACAAGAGAACACACACAGGAGAGAAAUCUUAUAGCUUUGAUCAAUGAGGGGAUUCGAUCAUCUCGCCUGGGUUGCCCCAAAACAAAAGUGACGUAGCUCAUGGAGUAAUGAGUAGAAUUCUGUGUUUUCACAUGCAAAAGUGAUUGCUUUUGAUAAAAUCACUAUCUGCCUUCCCAUUGAAAACUCAUUUAAACAGAUUAUUUUGGAAAAUAUAUGUUUUCUGGACGAUGCACCAUGCUGCCUUGUUGACAACAUGAGCGAGCGGUGCAGAUUACUGUUGGAUUUGAUUUGAGAAGGGCGCUCCACCCUCACCGCUUUUGCCCGUUCACGUCACGGCCCAUAGACCGGUGCUUGGCAUAACCCAAUCCGCCCACUGACUAUACAUACACAAGCUAACACACACGGGAGAGAAGCCUUUCCAAUGCUCUGUCGAAAGAGUUAUAACAACGUGAGGCUUUUGAAAUCGCAGGAGAGAAACCAUAUGGCUGUGUUUCUAUGUGGAAACAGUUUCCGUCAGCCAGUACAACUGACUAGACACAAGCUAACUCACAGGCUGCGAUCAAUGUGGGAAAAGUUUUGCUCGAGCAGAGUACCAGACUGAACACACACAAACUCCCAGUUGGAAGAUGCACAAGCGAACGCACACCGGAGAGAGACGUUACAGGUGUGGUCUCCGUGGGGUCUGCUUUGAGUUUAGCUUAUUAGCAUCCCCAUUAGCUACAGCACAUGCAGUCUCCAGGCUCAGAGUGGAAGAGAUGCAGUCUCUCCAGGCUCAGAGUGGAAGACAGAUUCACUUCAUCACUGCUUGUUUUUGUAAGAGGUGUCGUCGAUAAGCUGAAUGUACCGCGCUGUCUGUUUUGGAAUACUGGCACACAGCUCGGACACCCCAUGCAUACCCCACAAGACAUGCCACCAGAGGUCUAUUCAG